AUGGCGGCGGCGGCUCCCGACCGCCCGGCCGGGGCGGAGGCGCGGAGGCCUCUUUGGGAGCGGCUCCGCGACGGGCGGCUGGCAUCUUGGGUGCGGAGUCUGCUCAGCGACUACGCCGAGGCGUGCCGGGAGGUGGCACGGGGUGCGCGGCAGCGCCCAGGGCGUGCGGCGCUCUGCGUGGGGCUGCUGGCAGGGGUGGCCGGGUUCGCGCGGCACUGCCCUGGCGAGCCGGCGCUGGAGGCCAGCUUGCUGGAGGCCUCGGACCGCCUCCUGCUCCUGUCGCCACAGACUCGGAGCACCGCCGCCCAGGGCCACGUGCGGCGGCUUCUGGAGCUGCGGGCGGCGGGCCAGCUGCGCAUCCAGAGCCUGGUCCUGGCCUCAGUGCUCUACGAGGCGCCCUUCGAUGCCGACGCCGCCCUCUACCACGCACGCUGCCGCCACCUGGCCCCCACGUGGACCGAGCUGCCCGGCCUCCUGCUGGACGUGGGCUUCUGCGGCCGCUGGUGGGUCCUGCGCGCCAAGAUGCGCGACUGCGAUGUCAACGAUGAGGACUUCCGCGCUCUGCCCCAGCACCUGCAGCGGGUCUCCUUCCACGACCUACACUCGGCCCGCAACGAGAGGCUCUUCGAUCAGAAGUACCAGCCCGUGGUCCUUAGCCCGGAGGACGUCGAGCGGGAGGAGACCGGACCGACGCUGCAGCGCCCUUAA